AUGGAUCAAAGUUCUCGAGAGCAAGCCUUCCUCGACCACAACAGACAAAGUUGUCGCGCUUGGUCCGGGAAUUACAGCCAUAGAGCUGCAUCGAGCGCUCGAUGGCGCCGGGCUCAGCACACCGACGGUUGGGUAGGGAGUGUUGGCAUGGUAGGAUGGUCUUGCGGUGGUGGUUACGGCCUGUCUUCUGGUACAUGGGGGAUGGUCGCGGCCAACAUACUAGGUGCAAAGGUAAUGCAAGCUGACGGUCAUAUCAUCGACACUCGAGAUAAUCCGGAGCUGUUGUGGGCUAUGCGUGGCACUGGACAGGGAAACUUUGGCGGCGUAGUUGAACUGCGACUCAGAGCUCGUCCCACACCUCGGUACAUUGCUGGGAUUCUGGUAUUUUCUCUGGAGCAUGCUGUCCAAGUGCUCUCGGGCUUCCAGUCCCUAGUGGACCAAGGACUACCGACUAGCUUUGGCGGAGAGAUGAUCAUCAACGCGACCGACGAACUUGGCCCAGCCAUCAACAUAUUUUUCACUUGGAUAUGUGAUAGCCACUCAGAUUCCCAUGCAGCUGAGGGGAUGGAAUUCAAGGGAAAGCUCCUGCAGACGCUUCAAGUGGCUCCCUUGGUGGACACAGUUGGCGACAGUAUAUUUACUCCAUUACAACAGCUGACAGCGUUGUAA